AUGUCGAACAGACCAAAAGCCUCAGUGCCCCCUAGGGAUGGUUCCUCAUACUUCCUUAUCCCUACGGAUCCCGGAUCGUGCCCGGAUAGGACCAUAUAUAACGGUGAGAAAUACGUCACGGCUCCUCACAAGCAACCUGUCUACGAUCCACCACUAGAAUUCCGCGACGGCUACUGCGUAUUAGAAGAGACGCCCGCCUACGAGCCAGAAUGCCCACCCGGCUUCCGAGUUAAGGGCAAGAACUACAUUUCUACCGAGAACCCCGAAUGUCCCCUGGGUCUCGAGCGUAUCGACGAAGACUGCGUCUAUCCAGCGCCCCCGUCCUAUCCCCCAGACAUAUCUGAAUACGUCGCAAACGAUAACCCCGAAUACCCACCGGGAUUCCGUUUCGUGGAUAACCAAUAUGUCUCUAAGAAUAAGCCUAAAUGUCCGCCCGGGUCUAGCCUCGUCGGCGAGGAAUGUAUCGUUAAGAGGGCGCCCGACUGUCCGCCUAGUACGCAAUUCUAG